AUGUUUUUUGAAGAUUUAGAUGGUUGUAAAGAAUGUGAUUGUGAUAUUGGUGGUUCAUUAUCAUCACAAUGUGAUAUUAUUACUGGACAAUGUUUAUGUAAAGAACAUUUUACUGGUAGAAGAUGUGAUAUACCAGAAGAUUCAUUUUAUUGUCCACAAAUUGAUUAUUAUACAUUUGAGGGAGAAAAAGGAAUUAGAAGUGGAAAAGAAAGUACAUUAGAAUAUCGUGAAGAGGUAAAUAAAAAUUCAUAUCAAAAAUGGAGUGGUACAGGUUAUGUAAGAGUAAAAGAAGGUUCAGAAAUAAAUUUUGAUAUAGGAAAAGUUUAUAAAACAUUACUAUACAAUAUAAUUAUUCGUUAUGACUCAGAAAGAAAUCAUAUUGGUUGGGAGAAUGUUGAAAUUAUUUUAAGUAGACCUAAUACUAUUAAUAAUAAUAUUAUUAAUAAUCAAUGUAAAAAUUAUAAUAUUGAGAAUGAUUUUAUGAUAACAAGAUUAAGAGAAAAUCAUAUAUAUGAAGAAGUUAAUCCAAGUAUAUGUUUAGAAGAAGGUAUUGAUUAUCAAUUAAAAAUUAUUUUUGGUGAAAGAAAAACUAAUUAUCCUGAUAGAAGUACAUCUAUAUUAAUUGAUUCAAUUAUUAUAAUUCCAAAAUUAGAUCAAUUAGAUAUUUUUAAUAAUCCAAAAAAUGGUAUCUAUAAUUUGCAACAAUAUAACUUAAAUUAUUGUCGUCAUCUUAUUUUAUUAUUAACUGAUUCUAAUGAUAUACCAGAAAUAUGUUAUAGUUAUACAUGUUCAAUUGCUGGUUCAAUGAUUAAUAAAGCUUUACAAUGUGAUUGUGAUAAAACUGGUUCUAAAUCAUCAUUAUGUAAUAAUAUUGGUGGUCAAUGUUUAUGUAAAAAAAAUGUUAUUGGUAGAAGAUGUGAUGAAUGUAGUGAAGGAACAUAUGGAUUUAAUCCAAAUGGUUGUAGUGCAUGUGAUUGUGAUAGUAUUGGAAGUUUACAUAAUCUUUGUGAUAAAGAAACAGGGCAAUGUUUAUGUAAUGCAAAUGAAAUAACAGGAAGACAAUGUAAUGAAUGUUAUGAAGGUAGUUGGAAUUUUCCAAAUUGUCAAUUAUGUUCAUGUAAUAGUCAUUCUAAUAUUUGUGAUCAAAAAAAUGGAAUAUGUAUGAAUUGUAAUAAUAAUACUGCUGGAAGAUAUUGUGAUAGAUGUGAAGAUGGUUAUUAUGGUGAUCCAAGAAUUGAAGUAAAUAUACCAUGUAAAGCUUGUAUGUGUCCAAAUCAUUCUGAUUCAGGAAAUUAUAAUGCUAUAUCAUGUACAUUUGAUUAUAUAUCAGGUGGAAUGAAUGCAUUAUGUGAAUGUAAAAAAGGAUAUAUUGGAACUUUUUGUGAUGAAUGUGAUAAAAAUUAUUGGGGAAAUCCAAAAGAAAUUGGUGGUUUAUGUGAAAAAUGUGAAUGUAAUGGUAAUGUUGAUCCAACUGUUGAAAAUAAUUGUGAUAAGAAAACAGGAGAAUGUAUAAAAUGUUUAUAUCAUACAACUGGUAAAAAUUGUGAAUUAUGUGAAAAUGGAUAUUUUGGUAAUGGUGCUGAAAGAAACUGUACUCAAUGUCAAUGUAAUAUUUAUGGAAGUAUAAAAAAUAAUAAUGAAAUUUGUAAUUCAAUGACUGGAAAAUGUUCAUGUUUACCAAAUGUUAUUGGUGAUAAAUGUGAUUCUUGUGCUGAAAAUUAUUAUAAUCUUCAAAGUGGUGAUGGAUGUUUAAAAUGUGAUUGUGAUCCAACUGGAGUUAUUUUAGAUAAUGAUGGAAAACCACAAAUGAGUUGUAAUGUAUUUAAUGGGCAAUGCCAAUGUAAAGAAGGUAGAGGUGGUAGAAAAUGUUCUGAAUGUACAGACUAUUUUUGGGGAAAUCCUUUAACAGAUCAAUGUAUAGAAUGUAACUGUAAUAGAAUAGGAAGUGCUCAUGGUCAAUGUAAUAGAGAAGAUGGAACAUGUCAAUGUAGAGCAGGAUAUGGAAAUGUUACAUGUGAUUCAUGUGCACGUGGAUAUACAGGAACUUUUCCAUAUUGCAAUUCAUGUGGAGAAUGUUUUAAAAAUUGGGAUGAAAUAUUGAAAAAUCUAAGUAUUGAAAUGGAAACUUUAAUGGAAAGAGAAAAAAAAUUUGAAGAAUAUGGAUUUUCAUCAACUUAUGAUUCCAAAUUUAAUAUUAUUGAAAAUAAAAUAAAUGAAAUCAAAAAUGUAUUAAAAAGAAAUAAUAUAACAGAAGAAGAAAUGUCAAAACUUAAUUAUGGUGGAAUAUUGUUUGGAGAAAAAAUUCAAAAAUUAAAUCAAAGAGUUAAGGGUGUCAAAGAUAUCGUUGAAAACAUGGAUAAAGAAAAAGAUUUUGCCGAAGAACAUAAAGAUAUGUUGGAAGAAAAAUUAGAAUUAUUAAACACUGAUAUUGAAAAUUUUGUUGAAAAAAGUGAGUUAUUAAAAAUUCAUGAUGUAACUUACGCUUACAAUUCAACAAGAGAAAGUUUUAAAAAAUCUGAAAAUGCUAAGAAAAGUGUUGAUAAUAAUAUUCAUUUAUUUAAUGAAGUUGAAAAAAAUUUGUAUGAUUCAAUUGGAUUACUAAGAAAUCACAGAAAUGAUUUUGAACAACUGUUUAGUGAAAAUAAUAAUAUUCUUCAAAAUAUGAAAAAUGAUAUUUUAUUGCUACAAGAAAAAAGCCCAAAAAUAAAUCAAAUGAUUUGUGGUGGAACGACAGAUUCAUUAGAUUGUGAUGUUAUUUGUGGUGGUCCAACUAAUAUAUGCCCAUUUUGUGGAGGUGAAGCAUGUAAAAAUGGUAUUGUUACAAAAAUAGAAAAUUCUUUAACAUAUUCUCAUGAAGCUAUGGAGAAGGCAAAAGAUAUAGAAAGUAAAUUAUAUGAAGAUUUAAGUAAAAUAAGAAGUGUUGAAAAUGUUGUUAAAAAAAUACAUGAAGAUACAUCUGAUUAUCUUAAUUUAGUAACAAAAUAUGAAAAUGAUUUAUAUGAUAAUGGUACAAAACUUGAACUUACAUUAAAAGAAAUUGAAGAUUUUUUUAACAAAGAUAAAAUAACUCAAGAAAAUAUUACAAAUGUAAUAAAUGAGAUUGACAAUUUAAAAAUAAAUACUGAUCGUGAUAGUGCUUAUAAACUAUCAGUUGAUAUAUAUUACGCACUUAGAAAUAUAACAAAUGCAACAGAAAUAAUAAAUGAAGCAAUUAAUAAAAAGAAAAUUGCAUUAGAUAUACUAGAAAAAUCAAAAAAAAGUUUUAUGUUAAGUUCAAAUGUUUUAGAAAAAUCUGAAGCAGCUAAAGAAUAUAUAAAAAAUGCAACAUCACAUUUAAUAAAUGUUGAAAAUACAUUACAAUAUUUUUUUGAUAACAUAACAGAAAGUAAAAAAAAUUUUAAUGAAGCAGUAAUUUAUGGAAGUGAUGCUGAAACUUUAUUAACAGAAUUGAAUGACAGAAAAAAGAGUAUGAAUGAAAAUUUGAAUUAUAUAAAAGUGCAAAAAUUAAUGACAAAUAUAACUAAACAAGCAUCAUUAGAUAAAAACAAGAAGACAGAAGAAUUAAUUAAAGAUAUUAAAUUGACAUCUUUUGAUCUAAAAAAUGAUAUUGUCAAGGCAAAUAAUAUAAUAUAUGAAAAAUCUCGUUAUGGUUGUGGUAGUCUUCUUGAAAGAGCAGUUCCCUUAAGAGAAAGAGCAAUUAAAUUUAUAGAGAAAGCAUCAACCACAAGAAAAGAGAUAAAUGAAUUAGAGAAUGAAAUUUUGGAUACUGAAAAUUAUAUUGAAAAUAUUAUAAAAGAAAUAGAAACAGAGACAAUUAUUAUUGAAAAAAGUAUAAAUUCUUACAUGGAAAUUGAGGAACUUUAUGAAAAUUGUGAUUAG